CGGAUUGGCCCCAUCUCUCCCUCUCUCUCUCUCUCUCUCUCUCCGUCUGUUUCUCCCUCUCUCCACGGUCCAUUUCGUUUACAAAUUCCACAAUCCCGCAUAUCUCGCAGCCCCAGCAGAUAGGCAGAGACAGAGACUCGACGAAGAGAAAAGAAAAGGGAGAGAGAGAAAGAAAGACAGACUUUUGUCCGGGGGGGGGAGGGUUUCCUUACUUCUUCACAGAUGUAAUGCACGUUCCUUCCUGCAAGAAGGUGGGGUGUAUCCUCCCCCCCGUACAUGGUCGUUUCCUGAUGCGGGUCAAUCACCGUUUCAUGUAAUUCGAUCCAAUGCGGUCGGUGCAUCGCGGCUGAUGGGCUGCAUAUGCGCAAAGCAGGCGGACCGGGGACCAGCGUCGCCUGGUUCAGGGAUCUUGACUGGAGCAGGUACCGGUACCGGUACCAGGUCGUCGAAGAUCCCAUCCGGUCUGUUUGAAUUCGAGAAGAGCGGUGUGAAGGAACACGGGGGUCGUAGCGGGGAAUUGAGGAAGUUGGAGGAGAAGGGUUCAUUGAGCAAGAGAUUGAGGUUGGAGUUGGGAUUUUCACAUCGGUAUGUGGAAGCCGAACAAGCGGCUGCAGGAUGGCCUUCUUGGCUCACUGCCGUUGCUGGUGACGCAAUUCAGGGAUUGGUUCCUCUUAAAGCAGAUUCUUUCGAGAAAUUGGAGAAGAUAGGACAAGGCACAUACAGCAGCGUUUUCCGAGCAAGGGAGUUGGCAAAUGGAAGGAUGGUUGCUCUUAAGAAAGUACGGUUUGACAACUUUCAACCCGAGAGCAUUCAAUUUAUGGCACGAGAGAUAUCGAUCCUCCGCAGGCUUGAUCAUCCAAAUAUCAUGAAACUGGAGGGCAUAAUCACUUCUCGAAUGUCGAACAGCAUUUAUCUUGUGUUCGAGUACAUGGAGCAUGACCUUUACGGGCUAAUAUCUUCUCCUCAGGUCAAGUUCAGCGAUGCCCAGGUCAAAUGCUAUAUGAAGCAGCUUCUGUCAGGAAUAGAGCACUGCCACCAGCACGGAGUGAUUCAUCGAGACGUAAAGUCUUCGAACAUUCUGGUGAACAAUGAGGGGAUUCUUAGAAUAGGAGAUUUCGGACUGGCUAACAUUCUUAAUCCAAAGGACAGGCAACAACUCACCAGCCAUGUUGUUACCUUAUGGUACCGUCCUCCUGAGCUUCUCAUGGGUUCCACAAGCUACGGCGUGACUGUGGAUCUGUGGAGCGUUGGCUGUGUUUUUGCAGAACUUCUGUUUCGAAAGCCUAUUCUCAGAGGGAGAACAGAGGUUGAGCAAUUGCACAAGAUUUUUAAACUCUGUGGCUCCCCGCCCGAUGGCUACUGGAAAAUGUGUAAGGUACCCCAGGCCACCAUGUUUAGACCCCGCCAUGCUUAUGAAUGCACUCUGCGAGAGAGAUGCAGAGGUAUUGCGACCAGUGCAAUGAACCUGAUGGAGACUUUUCUUUCCAUAGAACCGCAGAAGCGUGGAACUGCUUCAAGUGCGCUCCUAUCUGAGUAUUUCAGAACAGUACCAUAUGCAUGUGAUCCAUCAAGCUUGCCCAAGUAUCCUCCUAACAAAGAAAUUGAUGCUAAACAUCGAGAAGAGGCACGGAGGAAAAAGGCUCGUUCUAGAGCACGAGAACCCGAAGUAGGGAAAAGGCCAACAAGAAUCCAUAGAGCUUCACAAGAGCAGGGGUUUUCCAGUAAGAUGGCUCCAAAAGAGGAGUUGCAAGGCCAGGCUCAGUUUGUUCGGAGAAAUCAUGUGAGAAGUAACCUGAGGGGAGAAAUUGAUGUUCCAUGUAGAGAGCCUCUGAAGUCAUCUUGCGACGCCUCGGCGAUUUCUGAUGCGGCGGACACGUCUCAAGGACCGAGUAUUUUAUCAGGUCCAACACAGAUCAGUGCGUCAAAUGGCUUUGCAUGGGCGAGAAGGCGAAAGGAUGAUUCUGUUCUGAAAAGGUCAUAUAGUAGGUCUAGCGCCAGAAGUCAAGUUAGUGCACUCGAUUCAUCAAGCAUCGUGUUCGAACCCCAUGACACGGAUGCAAACGGAAGCACAAUGCAUGAACUGCGGAAACUCGGAAUCGAGCUUGAUCAGGAUGAUUCCUUUGAAGUACUUGUGUUGAGGGCUAAUACAUCCCGAUCUGAAGUUGAAUCGAUGAAGUGAGUGAAUGAGAAUGAUACUUGAAGUUCGGCAUCGACAAAGUGGUUACAGACAUUGACAAAGUAGUUCUAGUCGCCGUUGUUGUGAAGGUAGUUAUAGCCAUCGAUUAGACAGUGAUUGAAGUAGUACCCGUGCCGAUGAAGUGCCGUCCAAAUGCUCAGCCACCCUGCGGUCGACGGAAUUCGAUUUCCGGUUGGCUACGAGUUGCUGAUAUCGCGACAUGGCUGGGGCAGAUGCAGUGAAAGAAUUACCCACAACAUGCAGGAUAGGGUGUUUGUAACACGCUUGAUUUUCAACUCGAAUGCUCUUCAUAUGAAUGUAACCAAUUUCCUUUAGGAUUUCUCUAUGGAUUAGGAUGUAACCAGGCCUCCCCUCAAAAGUAGAUGAAACGCUUUAUGCUUUGUCUUUCUUUUCCUUGCAAUGUACGCUUUACUUCCUUUACAUCUGUCCAGUGCCCUUUCUAUCUUUCCCAAA